UUGUUAAAUUUUGUGUUUUUGGGGAAAUUCACUUGAGAUGGCAACACCAUACCAGAAUAUAAUGGCAGGGACCCCAGCUGCUGUUCAUCCCAUUCUACAGCAGAUAGAUCAGCUAAAUGCUCUGUAUACAACCAUCCCUCCAACAAAAACAGCAGCAGGGCCAACAUCUCCAACAGCAAACAAAGAAAAUGAGGAACUAGUGAAGAUGCAAGAUGAAGGUGUACAAGAAGCUGUCAGUUCUGAAGUAUUCUCAGUUUAUCAGCAUAAAGAGAUUGUAAAAGGCUGCUGUCCACACCCUGGUGAUAUUGUGGAGGCUGGUCCUUUAGCUGCCCUAAGUCAGCCAGACCCAACAUACCCAUUGACAGACUCCCUGCCAGAGGAGGUGAUAAAGGAGGGAAAGCUCAGCAGUUUACAGUUGGAGGGAGUGCUUUAUGCUUGUCAGCAACACAUGAGGAUCUUGCCCAGUGGACAAAGAGCUGGCUUCUUUAUUGGAGAUGCAGCGGGUGUAGGAAAAGGACGACAGAUUUCUGGGAUUAUCUUUGACAACUAUGCCAGGGGGAGAACAAAGCAUAUAUGGUUCACCAUUUCAUCAGAUUUAAUUGUAGACAGCAGAAGGGAUUUGUCAGAUAUUGGUUGCCACAUCCGAGUUAUUGAUGGUUGUCAGGAACUGGACAGACAAACAAGGGUUUUAGGGUUACCUGCAGACUUUAAGGAAGGAGUUGUGUUCAGUACUUAUGCUACACUGGUGUCAUCUGUUCAGAGAGGUGCCUUCAAUGGUUCAAAACAGAGUCGUUUACAACAGCUGGUGAGCUGGUGUGGAGGGGAGGACUUUGAUGGAUGUCUGGUAUUUGAUGAAUGUCACAAAGCCAAAAAUUUUGUCCCAGGCAAAGAACAGGCUAGUACAAAAGUAGCUCUAGCUGUCACGACAAUUCAAAGGUUGUUACCCAAAGCAAGGGUGCUCUACUGCAGUGCCACUGGUGUCACAGAUGUCAAGAAUAUGGCAUUUAUGGAGAGGCUAGGUCUUUGGGGUAUAGGGGCCCAGUUCCGAUCGUUUGAACAGUUCAUCGAGUUUGUUCAGAAGAAAGGGCUAGGAAUGGCAGAGAUGCUGGCCAUGGAGAUGAAGAUGUCGGGAAUGUAUGUGUCCAGAGGACUGAGCUACAAACAGGCCGAGUUCUCCACUGUGGAAGUCCCUCUCACAGAAGAACAGAGGAAGAUCUACGACACAGCUGCUCAUGUCUGGAAUGAGUUGAAGAAGGCACUGGAGAGUGCUAUAGUUAGAACUAAUUACAGUGGCAGUAGGAUAUGGUCACAAUUCUGGUCCUGUCAUCAGAGAUUCUUUAAACACCUCUGUAUUGGUAUGAAGAUACCGACUAUUGUCAAAGAAGCUCAGACAGCUCUAGAAAAUGGAUGUUGUGUAGUUAUUGGGCUACAAAGCACUGGAGAGGCCUCAUUUGAAAGUGAAUUCAACAAAAACAAAGGAAAAGUUUCAGGAUUUGUUUCCCUGUGUAAGGAGAUCUUCACUAGAUUCAUCACUCAACAUUUUCCAAUCAUGAUAGAAAGCCAGAAUAAAGAUGAGGUUUUAGUGGAUGAAUGGAGCAAACAGGCCAGGGAUUUACUAUUGGGCUUUGCUGAAAAAAUUAACUUACCAAAUAGUCCCUUGGAUGAUAUCAUAGACAAGUUAGGUGGACCAAAUUGUGUAGCAGAAAUGACGGGUAGGAAGGGGCGUAUUGUUAGACAUUCCCCAGAAGAGACACCUCGGUAUGAACUUCGGACACCAAAUGCUGAGAGCUACGGAGGAAUAGAGAGUCUUAAUGUACAAGAGAGAAACAUGUUUAUGGAAGGAAGAAAGCUAGUUGCCAUUAUAUCUGAUGCAGCAAGUACAGGUAUUUCUUUACAUGCUGAUGUUCGUUGUGCCAACCAGAGAAGGAGAAUCCAUCUGACUGUAGAGCUACCAUGGAGUGCUGACAAAGCUGUUCAACAGCUGGGAAGGUCACAUAGGUCAAACCAAUCAAGUGGUCCAAUGUAUAAGCUCUUGACAACAGAUUUGGGAGGUGAGAGGAGAUUUGCAGCUGCUGUGGCACGCAGGUUGCAGUCAUUAGGUGCACUAACCAAGGGAGAUAGGAGAGCUGCAUCAGGGGCAGAUUUGACAGAAUUUAACUUUGAUACACCUUACGGAAGGAAUGCUCUGAGAGCAAUGUAUCAGAGUGUAUGCACAAGAAAGAUACUGCCAGGUAUCAACAUGAAGACUGUGUCUGAGAAAUACAGUGAGGAAGACUUCCUAGCUGUAAUGCAGGAGUCGCUGAUUCUGAUGGGGCUGAUUGAUGUAGAGGCCCUCAGGGUAGGGAUACAGAUCAAGGAUCGAGAUGCUGGAGACGUCUCGAGAUUCCUCAACCGUAUUCUGGGAUUGUCUGUAGCCAAACAGAACUGUAUUUUUAAAUACUUCAUAGAAUGUAUGACAGUAUCUAUAGACAAUGCUAAAAGUGAGGGUAGAUACAACGAAGGCUUACUAGACAUCACGGCAUCAUCUGUAGAAAUGGUGGGAAAACCAAAGGAAGUCUUUAAAGAUUUCAACAAAAACCAUGCAAUUACGAACUUAGUGGAGCUGAAUGUUGAUCGUGGAAUGAGUUGGGAAAUGGCUACAACAAGGGCAGACAACUACAAAGGAAAGCAUGACGGCUUUUACAUCUCUAAACGUGACAUGUACGGGAGGAAGAUGUACUUGUUAGCAACACAGAAAGAGGGCUCUUCUCAUCUCUUCACCAUUGCCAGACCAAAUACAGGGCUGUCUCAAUUUGAUGAGGAAAAGACGGAUCUUUUUCACAGAUACAGCCCAAUAUCUAGAGAAAAAGCAGAAUCUGCAUGGAAGGAACAGUAUGAUGACUCCAAGGACCACUGCAUGCAUGGUAGAGGGUGUAAACAUGGCCGCUCCUGCAGAGUGGGCAGCAGGUGCUACACGAUUCAUUUACUCUGUGGAAAUAUCUUGAGUCAUAUGUCCACCUUGGAGAGCACUUUGAGUAGCAAUGCUCAUAAAUUAGGAUUAAGUAAGUCUGAAUCCAAUAUCAGGGUUGUGAGGGUGAAACUGAACAAUGGGGAACGAGUCGUAGGCAUUCGAUAUCCAGCAGUGUUGAUACCUCAUGUUGAAAAGAUCAUGAAGGAAAAGACAGAGGCAGAACAGCUUGUGCUACAGGCAAAUGGUGCUGCUGGAUCAAGUUUGUCCUUGACACAACCCGAUCAAGGUCAAGUAAAACAGGUCAUCAUUGAGAAAGUGACUCCUGUCAACCAGAAAUGCAAAACAAGGGCUCUUAGACCUCCAGUCACCAUCAAGAACUUCUUCAAACCAGCUAGUCUAAGUAAUGAUGAUACAUGCAGUACUAGUGCUAAAGAUGACUUGGAAAAGAAAUCUAGUGAUUGUGAAGAAACACCAAUUAAUGUGAAUAAAAAAGAUAUAUCUCCUAAUAAUGAUCAUUCCAAAGCAGUGGAGAGUGGCUUAACAUCAAAGUCAAAUUCAGACUUGUCAAAGAUUUCCAGAAAAAGACCACUCGGUGAUAGGGUGGAAUCGCCUGUAAGCAAGAGGCAAAAACAGUCAAAUCUAGCCACCAUGUUUGCUAAUGUGACUAAAAGGAAGAAAGAGACUAGCAGUAAACUCUUAAUUUGUCCUAUAUGCAAGCAGGAAUUUAAGGAUAUAUCUAAUGUGGAUCUUAAUGCUCAUAUUGAUAAUUGCCUGAUUGAGUGAUAGUGCUUGUAGUGGGGAGAAAAUGGAAGGCAGGAAUUUUGUGUGGUGCUGUAAAAAUCCAUGCCAGAGUUUGAAAAGUACUCACUAAAUGUACAAUGACACACAGUAGUGCUGGAGUGAGAAAAAAAGUUUUAUUUUGUGAUGUUUUUACUAAGUUGCAAUGAAAUAUAUAUUUUAUAUUUUCAGUUUGAUACUGACUUAUUUAAAGUGCAUUUGUUACAUGUAUUAAACACACAUUUAUUACAUGUAAUUUUAAAACAUUUCAUCAAGAUUUAUCAUUUAUAUUUGAUGUUAGAAU